AUGAUCAACGGAAUUCCGAGUCCGAAAAGUUCUAGAACAUUCUUCGCCCUGGUCAAAAUUGAUGGCAUUUUUGGACAUUGUGGUUCAACUCUGAUUGACAAGCGGCUGUUGACCGCAGUUGCGUCUGUGGUAGGAAAAGCAGUAGGAAAAACUGCCCUGAAGACAGUAGCUAAAACUGUUGCAAAAACUGCUGCAAAAACCGCUGCAAAAACUGCUGCAAAAACUGCUGCAAAAACCGCUGCAAAAACUGCUGCGAAAACUGCUGCAAAAACUGCUGCUAAAACUGCGGGAAAAGCAGCUAUAAAGUCGGGUGCCAAAAAAUUGUCGAAAACAUUCGCCAAAAAAGGCGCUAAAGCUGCUGCCAAGAAAGCUUUCAAAAUGGGGAGCAAAAAAAUGAGCAAGACAUUGUCUAAAAAAGGCAUCAAGAAGUCACUGAAAAAACUGCCUAAAAAGGUUGGCGAGCAAGUAGAAGAUCAACUAGAUUGGGUGGACAUAGCAAUGCAGCUUCACGAAAAACUAACUGAAAAUCCGCCAGCUUACGAGGGUGAACUGAAAACGCACAAUCACAAUGAUGGUGAUGACAAGGUAACUCAAGUCAAAACAGAAAUAUACCCACGGGUAUUGGACGAAGUGCAAAAUGUGUUCAAACACGAGCGAAACGUGACACAUGAGAGAGUACUCUUCUAUGGAAGAAAGCAGAGGGAAAUGAAACGUUUGAGAAAUUCCUCGCAGAAUUAA